AUGGAUCAGUUUAUACUUGGACCUCCAAUAGGAGAAGGCCGUUUUGGCGUUGUUCGUGCAGCUUUGAUUAAAGAAUCUGGAGCACCUGUUGCGAUCAAAAUGAUUACUCUAUCUAGGCUUGAUGAGGGUAUUCCUCACCCUGUAGCUAGGGAGCUACUUGUCGCUAUGCGAUUGAAGCACCCUUACAUUGUUCAUACCCACGACGUAUUCCCAUGUGGUUGCGCUAUUGCAUUAGUAAUGGAACGUUGCACGACAGAUUUGGGCACAAUGCUAUCCGGAAGAAGUGCAAGCAAUCCUCUUCCCUCUCAGAAUGCCAAGAAACUUUUUAAAAUGUUACUUUCAGCUGUUGCGUACAUGCAUAAGGAAGGAAUUUUGCAUCGUGAUGUGAAGCCGUCCAAUUGUUUCUUAACAAGGGAUGGUGUUUUGCGUCUCGGCGACUUUGGCCUAAGUCGAAUUUGGGAUAUGGAUGAAUCCAUGACGCAUGAAGUAGUAUCAAGGUGGUAUAGAGCUCCGGAGUUGUUACUUGGUCAACGACGUUAUGGACCAGAAAUUGAUAUGUGGUCUGUUGGAUGUGUUUUUGCAGAACUCCUGCGGGGUUACGGUGGGGCUUUUUUUGCUGGUGAUGGAGACAUCCGACAAUUGUCAAAAAUAUUUGAAGUACUGGGAACACCAACGUCAUCCUCUUGGCCAACUGCAGUUCAUCUUCCUGAUUGGGGGAAGGUUCACUUUGAAAAGAGAAAUCCUCGUCCAUUGAGGGAAUUUUUUCCAGAAGCGUCAACCUCAGCGUUGGAACUGCUUCAGAGAUUGAUAUGCUUGGACCCUCUUAGGCGUAUAAAUGCUAUAGAAGCACUUCAUCAUGACUACUUUAUGGAAUACCCAACUUGA